GUAGCGGGCACGCGGGCGCCUCCCCGGGGGCGCGCAGCCCGGCCGCCUUGGCCCUCAUCACCCGCGUCUCCCCCCUCCACCACCGCCUUCUCCCCCCCUCCCCACCCCCGGCCCCGGCUGCUGCUCGGGGGGAGCCCGGGGAGGGAGCGCGCGGCGGGACGGGUGGGGGCGGUGUAGCCCGGCAGCCGCCGAGGCUUCCGUCUCGCUCUCUCGCUCGCUCGCGCAGCGGCGGCAGCAGAGGUCGCGCACAGAUGCGGGUUAGACUGGCGGGGGGAGGAGGCGGAGGAGGGAAGGAAGCUGCAUGCAUGAGACCCACAGACUCUUGCAAGCUGGAUGCCCUCUGUGGAUGAAAGAUGUAUCAUGGAAUGAACCCGAGCAAUGGAGAUGGACUUCUAGAGCAGCAGCUGCAGCAACAGCAGCCUCAGUCCCCCCAGAGACUCUUGGCCGUGAUCCUGUGGUUUCAACUGGCGCUGUGCUUUGGCCCAGCACAGCUCACGGGUGGAUUCGAUGACCUCAACGUGUGUGCUGACCCAGGCGUUCCAGAGAAUGGCUUCAGGACCCCCAGUGGAGGAGUUUUCUUCGAAAGUUCUGUAACCCGUUAUCACUGCCAAGAUGGAUUCAAGCUGAAGGGCUCUACAAAGAGACUGUGUGUGAAACACCUUAAUGGGACCCUAGGCUGGGUCCCAAGUGACAGACCAGUCUGCAUCCAAGAAGACUGCCGCAUCCCCCAAAUUGAAGAUGCUGAGAUUCACAACAAAACGUAUAGACACGGAGAUAAGUUAAUCAUCGCCUGUCAUGAGGGAUUCAAGAUCCGGUACCCUGACCUAUACAACCUGGUUUCAUUAUGUCGUGAUGAUGGGACAUGGAGUAACCUGCCCAUCUGUCAAGGCUGCCUGAGACCUCUAGCCUCUUCCAAUGGCUACGUGAACAUCUCAGAGUUCCAGACCUCCUUCCCCGUGGGAACUGUCAUUGCCUAUCGCUGCUUCCCUGGAUUUAAACUCGAGGGUUCUGAGUAUCUCGAAUGCUUACACAACCUUAUCUGGUCGUCCAGCCCACCCCGGUGCCUUGCUCUGGAAGCCCAAGUUUGUCCGCUACCUCCUAUGGUAAGUCACGGAGAUUUCAUCUGCCACCCGAGGCCUUGUGAGCGUUACAACCAUGGGACCGUGGUAGAGUUCUACUGUGAUCCUGGCUACAGCCUCACCAGUGAUUACAAGUAUAUCACCUGCCAGUACGGAGAGUGGUUCCCCUCCUACCAAGUCUACUGCAUCAAAUCAGAGCAAACAUGGCCCAGCACCCACGAGACCCUCCUGACCACAUGGAAGAUCGUGGCGUUCACGGCCACCAGCGUGCUGCUGGUGUUACUGCUUGUCAUCUUGGCCAGAAUGUUCCAGACCAAGUUCAAGGCCCACUUCCCCCCCAGGGGUCCUCCCAGGAGUUCCAGCAGUGACCCCGACUUCGUGGUGGUGGACGGAGUGCCCGUCAUGCUCCCAACCUAUGAUGAGGCUGUGAAUGGAGGCUCGAGUGCCUUAGGCCCCGGGUACCUGGCCUCUGUGGGUCAGGGCUGUCCUUUACCUGUGGAUGACCAGAGCCCUCCUGCAUACCCCGGCUCUGGGGACACGGACACAGGCCCUGGGGAGUCAGAAACCUGUGAAAGCACCUCGGGCUCUUCUGAGCUGCUCCAGAGUCUCUAUUCAGCCCCCAUGUGCCAAGGGGGCAGCCACCCUGCCCCAGACACCCCUGACACAAUUUCAAGCACAGCAGGGGAGGUGGCAUCCACCAGCCCAGGCAUCGACAUUGCAGAUGAGAUCCCUCUAAUGGAAGAAGAUCCCUAGCCGGGUGACAUCCUGGUGAUUCCACUGUCCCCUUUGGGGAAAAGAGCCUUGAACCUUGGAGUGAGGCCACAGGAGGACAGAGCUUGGGGGAAAUGGGGGCAUUUUCUAAUCUAUCUACAUGGGGACAGUGAUCACACCACACAUCUCCAACAGGACUGCGGGUCAGCAGCGGUAAUGCUUUUCAGUGCGACUCACAGGUUUGUCAUGACCUGCAGGGAACAAAGGGCAGAGGGGACUCUCUGUAUCACCCCAUGACAGUGUUGAGUGUCUCUUGCUACAGAGCGCGAGACAGUGCCACACACAUCCCGACAAAUCGCAUAUCCUGUUGGCUUGUGUUAACAGCACCCCCUGCCCCUCUGAAAGCAUGUCACAUUGUGUAAAUCUGCUUCUAAAAUCUGCUUUGAACUGUCUAGGGACUCUAGAUCUGGACAGAUCUGCCUCUGUAGAAAGCCCAUGUUAACUGGCCAGCCCAGGAGCAGAUCCUUCUCUUUGCCCUUAUUAGUAAGGGACAGGCUCCCAAGGAAAGAGUCUCAUGUAAUACUCAGACCAUCUUCUACACCUGGACAACUGUCAAAGCAGGAUGCGGCGGUUGGAAUGAGAAAGGGAAGGAAAAAGAAGCCAGCCGACUCUGCUUUCUGGAAAUUUCCUCAUGCAGAGCCCUCCCCCCCUCCCCGUGCUCUGUGCUGCCCUCUGGUGACGAGCGAUCGGUGUUUAUAUUUGUGAUCUGGCAGUGGAUCCAUGGUGUGGGAUAAAGCUGUGACCUUACACAUGGUGAGAACACAUUCAGAUGCAUCUUGUGGUGGACCAAGGAACUUGGUAAUGUUUGGCUUUGGUAUUUCAGAAGGACUACACUCACAUUUAUCUGCUCAUGCCUUCCAAUGUGGGUCAUUGUUAUCACAUUGUCCCUGACCCUAAAACAUAAACAUACUUUUAUUUUCCAGAACGAAAAGUUUCUGUAAAACACAUUCUGCAUCCAAAGAAAGUGUAAGUCAGAUCUUUUGCGCCCCUUGCCCCAACCCCAGCUCUCUCUUUUGUCCUGGCCUCCAGCCCCAAGCCACCCUGCUCUCUUGCUUUCAGGGGGGCCUUUGGCCCUGCCUACCUGCCAUCCUCUAUAUUCCUACUAUGAGGGUCUCAUGGCGCCUACUGGGUGUUGUGCCUGAGAAACUGAUUGAUUUUUGAAGAAUCCCAGUCCAGAAAUAUCUCUUCAAAUAUAUGUUGGUCCGUGGCGUCGAUUCCAUCCCUCCUCUGGGUUCUAGACAAAUAUAAACAAACUCUCAUCCGUCAAAUCACUGUGCUGACAGAGCAGUGAGGUCUGGAAGCUGGAUCGAGUCUUGCUUUCUCUCGACACAGACUGAUUAAAAAUUAAAAAGAAAAUGACAGCUUGACGCGUGACUUUCAUAGUAGAGUGGAGUGAGGAGGGUGAGAAGUUCGUGACAGUGACCACGGGUGAUGGAAAUAAAACCUAGGAUGAAGGACACACAGCAGAAGGAGAUACCGCAUGAGAAGGGUCGGCUUUACCCUUCCUGAUGCACAGCCACCAUUGCCCGGUGCCCCCAAUGGUGAUGGUGCGGAGCCCAGGGUUACAAUUGUGUAUGACUGCAGAUUGCUUGAGUGACAGCCUCAUGCUGUCUCUGGUGCAUACCCGGUCCCAUACCAUCAAUUCCACUCCAUGUAUUCAUAGGAGUUGAGAUGUGGUCAAGUGCCACAGCCUUGACAGCGUAUGCCCUGGGGAACUGGGCCUGCCAUGGGCAACCUCGGCUCCUCAUUCCCACCUGCCCUCCGUCCUGUGACUCCUCAUGCAGGUUGUGUCUGAGAGACCUCUAGGUAAGAGUCUCUUCUCCCAGGAGGCAGGCAGAAGAGGCACCCAGAGCUGUCUGAGACCAUCCCUGCCUCUUCCCAGUAAAUGCUCCAUCAGCAGGACAGCCGUCUGACUUGGGGACCAAGAACAGAGUUGCCACCAGGCCCCAGGAAGACAGCAGCAGCCGUCAUGGAGUUCGUGAGCACUGUUCUCAGACAGGCUGGUGGGAAGGUCACUGCUACCCAGCUGCUGUAUUGCACAAUGCCCAGACAAGUCACUUGGACCCUGCCUGCCAUCCCUCAACCCUGUGUUCCCAUUAUUUCCACCACAGACGUUAUCUGUAGUCUAUUUUCCCACUGACGUUGCUUCUGAGAGAAAGAACCGCUGUGAGAUUCCAAGCAUGGUGUGGUCCCAACAUCAUUCUUUUAAAUAUCCCCAGGUCCCUGUGGUGUGAGGGGGGAGCAGACCCCUCCAUAGACCUCCUCAGUAUGGAACCAAACCCGGCUGUGGGAGAGGGAGCCACGCUGGCAGAGGUCCUCUCUUCCGGCUUGGGCAGUGCCCACCUCAGGGCUUCCUCUAAGCUGCUGCACAGCAGGCCAGUUCCGACUGACUGGUCGCCAUCAUGAGCACAGCACAAGUCGUGGGCGUCUUCACCCUUCAUUGCCUUGUAGCUUUUCUUAAUUGUGAGGUUGUGAUUUGCCUGUGUGGAUGCUUCAGGCCCUUUCCCACCUAAUUACACCCAGCUUCGCAGCUGGCACACGGAGAAGGCUGCCUUCUGUUACUACAGAAAUGGUCCCUGGCCACCAGCAAUCCAAGAUUAUCAAAUGUAAAGACUCCUAGUCCACAGCCCAUUAGACCCAUUGUCUUCUCAGAUUCCAUCCUCCCUCUGCACAACGGGUGUUCCAAUCCCCCCCACACACACACUCAGACAGCCUCAGGCUCUAGCUGUUACCUCCAGGGCAUCAUGGGAAGUAACAUGGGCUUCAUAGCCUGCCUCUUCCACUACUACCUGGCCGUGAGCUUGGAUCAAUUACUACCCUCACUGGGCCUUUGUUUCUUCAUGCACAAAUUUAGAAUAGUUUCCCCCUGCCUUCAUUGCCGGGCCGUGGACAGCAACUGAUUUAAGUCAAGCAGUCAGACACAGAGGGUAUUUGAGACAUGGCAGCUGCAGGUCCAUGUGAGUUGGGGAGUGGCUGUCAUAUAGAUUGACUCCCACAUACUUUGGACCAGCCUUGGCCUCUUGGCUCUCCAAUGUGUUUGCAGAUGAGGCUUAUUAGGGGCUAUCCAAAGCAGAGAGUCUGUGAGAUAAGCCACAUCUGUUACUGGAAUUGUACUCCCGGGAGCCCAUCCCCAGCUCCAGAAUACUAAUAAAUAGAAGUUUCAGUC